GUUCACCAGACAAGACUCGGCCACUUGUAUGGAGGAGUGGGGAAUCAAACUUGCUCAGUCCAAGUCUGAGCAUGACUUCUGUUACCAGGUGAGGUGUUUGACUCUGCCAACACAGUUGAAGCUAUUAUUUUUUUAAAAAAAAUGUUUCUCAGAUGCUAACGUUGUGAUGUUGUUCUUGUUUAGGUUGAACUGAUCCCUGGACGAAUAAAUAAAUAAAGAAAAAGAAGAAACACCAUUGGAGUCACAGAAAAUCAGCAUCAUUAAACGAUGGGGUUGGAGACAUCCCAGUGGAGUGAACAUCAGAGACAGAUCACUACGAGCUGGAUGAAGGAUUGCGAGCAGUAAGUUGCCUAAGAUCUGGAAGUACCGAAGUUAGAAGAGCAGGAAAACAAAAGGAGAAACAGACGCCCACCCACCGUUGAGUGCUGUUUUCCAAGCCAAGGCGAGCAGUGAUGAGAUGAGGAUUAGAGAGUCAGGUUUGCAAAGGUUUGCAUAAAAGAAGAAUAAAAGAGAACCCACGGAUGGCUGCUCGUCUUUGAAGGUUCGCCGUUGUCAACCGCGCGAAAAUGGCCCGGUUUAAAGCCUCAACCAGGAUCGCAAGGCAAAUAUUCAGACUCAGAGUUUUGGAAACGUUUCCCUCUUCGAAGUAAUUUGUCGUGCAUUACCAAUGUGAACUUUAUUGAACCGCAACCCCCUUUCCCCUCCCUCUGGUAUCAAAUAACAACGAGCGACGCUUGGAAUCUCAAGUCAACAACCCUUUCUUGGCAUCUGUAGCUUUGUAGCGAAUGCAGGCAAGGCGGGAGAUACAUGGAGGGAACCUCUCUUGUUCAUAAAUGAAGCCUGCCCAUACCUUCCCCAAAUAGUCUUUUCCAACUCCCUUGUGAAAAGGUCAUGGAUCGUGAACAAGGCCAGAAGAGCACAAAGAAGGGUGAGGAAGGUCCGAAGAAAAGGCUGACCAAAGGAGAGGCUUUCCAAGGCUCUGUUUCAUCUGCUGCAGGGACAUAUCCGGGCAGCUCCAUUCCUACGCAAGGGUCUCCUCUUCAGGAUAUUGCAUUGCAGCAGCAUUUUUCAAGGGAAGAGACCCAGGAGCAAGGACCUCAGGCGCAAGCCAAGCACUCCUCUUUUGAACCCCACGUUACCCAGCUUCCACCACACCCCCUGUCACCCGCAUUCAUGCCACCCAGGAAACAGGAGCACGUCCUGGAAGGGUCCACGUGGCAGUUAGUUGACCCAGCGAGAGCAGGUACUUCCAGUUCAUUUCCGGCAGCUGGGCUUCAUUCCAGCGGUGGCCAGCGCUUACCUUCUCACCCCUCCGUCGUUCCGGGAGAAGAGAUGCCCCCCGUCCAAAAGGUCUACGGCCCCCGUGCUUCACAGGUCUCCACGAAACAAUCCGAAGACGUCCACAAGAAGGAGAAGAAGCCCCAGAAACCCGGCAAAUACAUUUGCCAGUAUUGUAGCCGGCCUUGCGCCAAGCCGAGCGUGCUUCAGAAACACAUCCGGUCACACACGGGGGAACGACCGUAUCCAUGCGUCCCAUGUGGCUUUUCCUUCAAAACCAAGAGCAAUUUAUACAAACACAGGAAGUCUCAUGCUCACAGGAUCAAAGCUGGGCUGGCAUCAGGAACUGGAUCAGAGUUGUACCAUUCCGGCUUGGAAAUGGAGAGGAUGGUGGCGGAGGAAUUCGAAGAGCCGACUGAAGGAGAGAGCACGGAUUCGGAGGAGGAGACUCGGACCACGUCAAGCCACUUGGUAGAACUGUCCCCCCGGCAGAAGCAAACAAUGUUGUACGGGGCAGGCAGCCAGGGGUCUAGCCAGGAGAGUGGCUCCUUUUCUCAUUCCAGUAUGUCUGUGUCAUUUGAAGACAGCAGCCAGUUUGUGGAGCCGGUCUCUGAGCACGGCCACAGUCAUAGGUCAGAGGAAACUCAUACCAUCAAGCAGAAGCUCGCUCUCCGGCUAAGUGAAAGGAAAAAGGUGAUUGAAGAACAGGCUUUCCUCAGCCCUGGCAGCAAAGGGAGCACCGAAUCAGGCUAUUUUUCCCGGUCUGAAAGUGCCGAGCAGCAGGUCAGCCCACCCAACACCAACGCAAAAUCGUAUGCAGAAAUUAUUUUUGGCAAAUGCGGGAGGAUCGGCCAGCGGACCGCCAUGUUGUCUGCCACCACUGCCCAGGAAUUCCCGCCGGUUUCGAUGGAGGAGAAAGUGAGCACAGUCCCCUUGUCUGUGCCUAGAACCCAGGUCAUCGAGCAUAUCACCAAGCUGAUUACCAUUAACGAAGCGGUGGUGGAUACCAGUGAAAUAGACAGCGUGAAGCCGAGACGCAGUUCGCUGUCCAGACGGAGCAGCAUCGAAUCGCCGAAGUCCGGCGCGUACCGAGAACCAUUUCAGUUGGAAGUUAAACCGGGUAGUCAGCUCGACUCGUCCAAGUCUUUGGCCUCCCAUAUGGAAAAAAUGAAGCCUGAACAAUCGCUACUAUCGCUCCAGCAAUCCCACAGUGCCACAGAGACAGUGCCUCUCCUAAGAAGCCACUCGAUGCCUUCUGCAGCAUGCACUAUGAGUUCCGCGCAUCCCUUUCGAGGUAGUUAUUCUUUCGAUGACCGCAUCACAGAAUCGGAAGUCUCAAGCCACGGCCAGGUGUCUUCGUCCCAUCCUCGGAUGCUAAAACGACAGCCCGCCAUUGAGCUACCUUUGGGAGUGGAGUACAGUACCGAGGAGGUGAGCACCGCCAGCAAAGAAACGGUUUCUAAACCUGCGGAAGAGCAAGAAACCAAGGAGAGCGAGCAGACCAAAAAGUCCAGAAGGGGCCCCAAAGCAAAAGGGUUCAUGUACGAAUGUAACGUUUGUGGUGCUCGGUACAAGAAAAAGGAUAAUUACGAAGCGCACAAAAAAUAUUAUUGUUCAGAACUCCAGGUCUCCAAGCCUCGUUCUUCCACUUCUCAUACCUCAUCAGAAUCGGAGAAAGUGCUUGCGGAAUCUGAUCCUUGGCCACAGGUGAUGCAUUAUAAGCUGGGAAGCAGUUUAGAGCUUAUGCCGCUGAGGAAAAGGCGUAAAGAAAAGAGUCUCGGCGACGACGAAGACCAGCCUUCUUUCGAGUUGACUGAAACUUCCUCAUCCAGUGUCGGGCCGGCCAGUCAGUAUAUUAGCCAGAAAUCUACUGAUGUGGCCUUGAAUCUAACUUCUGAGUCGAUCAAGUCACCAGCAGCACCCAGUACAUCUGUCCCACUGUCUGGCGUUAGUGUGAGCUUUCACUCUCGGAGCGGGAAACCAGCUUUUAGCAUGGAAAUCAAGGAGAGGAGAACCACCUCGAAAGAGAUCUCGGUAAUCCAGCACACGAGCUCCUUUGAGAAGUCUGACUCUAUAGAACAGCUAGGCGGCUUGGAAGGAGAAGAAAAGCUCCAUUUGCAGUAUUCAUCUCAGCCUGCAGUUCCUCAUGGGCGGCCAUCUCAUUCCCUGCAGCCAAAGCUUGUCCGUCAACCCAACAUCCAAGUCCCUGAGAUCCUGGUUACAGAAGAGCCCGACAGGCCUGAGGCCGAAACUGAACCUCCACCUAAAGAGCCAGAAAAAACAGAAGAGUUUCAGUGGCCACAGAGAAGUCAGUCUCUUUCCCAACUUCCUGCGGAGAAACUACCACCCAAGAAAAAGAGGCUCCGGCUAGCAGAAAUGGCUCAGUCUUCUGGUGAGUCCAGUUUUGAGUCUGUGAGAAGCCCAAGUCAGGAAAGCAGCAUCUCCCAUGGCUCCAGCCGGUCGACUUCCUUUGAGCGAGAGGAAGGUGCUUCCCAGCCCGCUGAAUCCCUUACAAAACCUCUCGGCAUUGGACCACAUAUGCUAAUGGUGCCAAGCCACCAUCAACACCCCCACCAUUCCCGAGAAAUGCGGAGAUCCGCGUCUGAGCAAACGCCCAAUGUCUCUCACUCCUCCACAAUAUCCGAGACCCGCAGCAAAUCGUUUGACUAUGGAAGUCUGUCCUCCUCUCCUGCUUCUGCAUCUCGCACCCCAACCACCACCACGGCGCCACCGGAGAGGCGGAAAUGUUUCCUGGUUCGGCAGGCGUCCCUAACUAGACAUCCGGAGCAUGAGCCAGACUCCGCCCCCAAAGGAGGGACGGAGACAGAGGAAGUCUUGCAGCCUUCAAGCAAGUCUUCAGUUGCAAGUUUGCCUUUCCAGCACCCUUCUUCGUCUUCCUCUUCUUCUCAUGGAGGCUAUGCGAGUGAGAAGGGCCAACCAAAAGACUGCUCUGAGGCCACUUAUCCCCAUCCCUACACCGAAGCUCUGCAAGUGUUCCAUCAUCCCACACCUCAGUUCACGCUUCAUGAAAAGCAAUAUGUGGCCCCCCAGAUCUCUCUCAUGCCAUUCCAGCACCUUUUGCCCCAUUCAGGAGGACAGUCAGUAGAGCUCUUCUCCAGUCAGGUCAUGACGGACAUCUUCUCUGGCCCGUACUCCGUUCCACAGAUACCUCAUUCCAUAUUUCAGAACCCUCCUCUUCCUCUGCAAGAAGCAUUGCUGCACCCAAGCCAACUACAUAUUACCCCUCCGCUGAUGUCACACCCUGCUGACGUGCAACUCCGGCAAAGCCCGCCUCUCAUCCCUGUCCACUACCCGGUCUCCCCGCCACUCCCGUCUGCCUUUUUUCUUCCCUUCCAGUCCCAGCUGGCUCUCCAGUUGCCAAGUGAGAUUGGAGCCCAUUUGCCCCAAAUCAAAUCCAGCUUAUCUCCGCCAAUUGGAAGGUCUGCUUUUUCGCCAUCGGCAGACUACAGCUCUGAAAACAGGUUACAUAUUUUGACUCGCCCAGCUAGCUCGUCAGCAUCUGUCUGCAUAUCUCAGUUGGUUGUCCCUGCCCGUUCUGAUCCCGUAGUGUCCCUCGUAGUCCCCGUUCGCAUUCAGACCAACAUGCCGUCCUAUGGGAGUGCCAUGUACACAACCCUUUCUCAGAUCCUGGUCACUCAGUCCCACUGCAGCGCCUCCUCUAUCAUUCUGCCAAAAUUUGAUGAUUAUCAAACAAAGGGGACCUUAGUCUGCACUGCUGAUGUUCACGGAAUAGGUCUGGAUUUGGCACAGAUGAUCACGGAUGAGCAGAGGGCUUUGUUCCAGACUCCCUACUGGAGACUUCCAUUGUCCCUGGCUGAAAAAAAAGGUUACAUUCCCCUCAGCUCCCCGCCAGAAAGCGUCUUGGGUCUAGAAGUGAGCACGUCAACCAUUGGGGGAAGCAAACGGAUGCUGUCUCCAGCGGGGAGCUUGGAGCUUACCAUGGAAACGCAGCAGCAGAAAAGGGUGAAGGAAGAGGAAUUCUCUGAAUCGGAAGAGAAGCUGGAAGUGUUGAAGGCCCCUAGUGCAAUAGAGGAAGAAAAGAAACAGGACCAAAGGAGAGCCAAGACGGAAACACCACCAAACAUGUCCCCCGAACCAUCAGAACCAGAGGAAGCCCAGAGGACUUUACGGGCAAUAUUGUUUCAGCCUGAAGCCCGAGAGGCCUGUGAACACCAGGCUGGCAAACCAUUUGGAAACAAGGACUCUCCACAGAGGGUGAAGAGGGAAGAUUCCAAAGAUCCAGUGGAACUGCCUUCAGCAAACCCUCCAAGUCCAGCUCUUCCCUCCGAGACUGCUCAAAGUUCAAAAAAGACUCAAGAAGGUACAGAUGUUAAGAAGGUACUCCAGUUUCCUAGUCUCCAUACAACUACGAAUGUCAGUUGGUGCUAUUUAAAUUACACAAAGCCAAAUCACAUCCAGCAAGUUGACCGAAGGUCCUCGGUGUAUUCCAGCUGGUGCGUUAGUUUGUAUAAUCCCAACCUCCCAGGUAUACCCACUAAAGUGGCCCUCUCGCUCCUGUGCUCCAAGCAGAAAGUGAGCAAAGAAACAUACACCCUGGCUGCUGCUCCGCUUCCGGAAGCUGGGAGGCUUGUUCCCUCGAGUUCCAGGAAUCCCAAAAUGUCAGAGGUUCAUCUGCCUUCACUCCUUCCCAAUGAAGGUCGAAAAGACAUAGCAAGGACUGACAAAGAGGAGGAGAAAAGAGGGAAAGCGGAAGAAGACGUUCCUGUAUCCAAAAGAGGAGAACCAGCCCGGAUCAGGAUCUUUGAAGGAGGGUACAAAUCAAAUGAAGAGUAUGUGUAUGUGCGAGGCCGCGGACGAGGGAAGUAUGUAUGUGAGGAGUGUGGAAUUCGCUGCAAGAAACCCAGCAUGCUGAAGAAACACAUUCGCACGCACACAGACGUCAGGCCCUAUGUCUGCAAGUACUGUAACUUUGCUUUUAAAACCAAAGGGAAUCUGACUAAACACAUGAAGUCAAAAGCCCACAGCAAAAAAUGUGAGGAAAUGGGGGUGUUAGUGUCUUCACUGGUCGAGCUAGAAGCAGAAGGAACCAGUGAAGACGUCUUUCAAGAUUCAGAAGGGCAUGAGGGAUCUGAGCCACUUGAAGAACACCAGUUUUCAGACUUGGAGGAGUCUGAUGAUGGUGAUGAUGAUGACGAAGAAGAAGAGGAGGAAGAGGAGGAGGAGGAAAGUCACAAGGAGCUAUCUGAAAAGCUCUCAGAAAAUAAGACAUCCCUCUGCCCAGGACAGUCUUUCAAAAGUCCUCCUUCUACCCUUGAAAAAGGCACCAAGACAGAAUUGUCCAUAUCAAAAGAGGUCUCGAGCAGUGAGCGUGCUGAGCAAAGUCACCCGGCCACCUCCUCAGGGUUAGAAACAAAAUGGUCAGCAGACAGUUGUGAAGUUUCUGUCUGCCACAGUUUCUUAAGACAUCAUCGACCUGUUUUGACCUCCAGCGAGCACCUAGCUUCUGCCGAGAAGGAAUCGGUCACGAGGCCACAGAUGUUCUUAGCAAUGGACUUGUCGAUCUCCAAAGAUGCCUCACCCCGAAGAAAGUGGUCCCCAAGCAAGGACACAGGCGGCGCUGGCAGUAACCGGUCCAUAUUAGCUCGAAAGCAUUUGUUAACCAAAAACGAAACUUCGCCUAAAAGGUUUUCGCCAACUGGAGAAACAGCUUCAUUGAGGAGCCUCUCGCCAGGGCUGGGGAUUUCUCCUUCUCAUAGUCUGUCCCCUAGGAGGGAGACAUUUCCUCUGCAGAGUUUGUCUCCAAGACUUGAUCUCUCGCCAAGCAGGUACCUUUCACCAAGAAGAGAGCUGUCAUCACGGACGUGUCCUGCACCAGAAAGAGGAGUGUCUCCUGUGAGGCGAGUUUCUCCGAGUAGGGAAAUGUCUUCGAGCAGAUACUUAUCCAUGAAGAAGAUGUUUUCCCACAGCUAUUCAGCACCACCUUCAAGAUACCCAUCCCCGGGAAGAGAGGAUUUACCUUCUAGCAGUCAUUCGGUACCAGAUGAAAAAAUUCACAGUUUGGGUAAAAGUCAGCAUGGGAUCUCCUCUCCGGUGUCUCUACCUCACAAGUCGCUUGGCAAAAAUACAGAGCUGUGUGAAGAACCUAAACAGUCAUUGCAGAAGACGGCAUCACGGGGCUUGACAAGUUCCCCAGGCACUGCUCAGCAUCUCUGCUUAAGACCUUGGCAAUCACCUCACGAAAUGCACAUCCACCCUCCAAGCCGAGUGGAAGACUACGUCUUCAGCCACCUCCCACUGCAUUCCCAGCAGCUCCCCAGGAGUCCUUAUCCGAUGAUUCCAAUAGGGGGCAUCCAGAUGGUUCAAGCACGGCCUACCAGCCAUCCUACUUUGGGCCGUGGCUCAGUAACGUCACUGCAUGCCAGCCAUUUUGCACCUGGCAGCACCUUAUCUGAAUUUGGCCCGGCAAAAGAAAGGAGCCGAGAGGUCCAGGAUCCACAACAAAUGGUGUCAUCAUCAGCAACCUCACCGCUUCAAAGCAGCGGCUACUUAGAAGGGACAAUAAGGACUAGUAAGCUUCAGAAGAAGGUAGCCAAGGAGGAAUACAGGGUUAAAACAUGCGCCGAACUGAGCAGCAGAGAGCAGGGAACUCCUAGCGAGAGUUCCGGCCCAAAGGGUGAGCUUUCUCCGGAGUCUUUGAUGGGGAGGGGAGAACCCUUGGAAAAGGCAGGGAAGGGAAACCCGAGCUGCUCGAGCACUUCCUCUGAACCCAUCCGCACUUUCAUCUCAGACUUUCCUGCCCAGACGCUGGACAGAAGCAGCAGCACUGGCUGUCUGGCCGAGUUUCCAUCUGGCCAGUCGACCUCCUGCCAACUCUCAGUUAGGAGAAGGAACUUCUCAGGAGAGCCAGCCCCCCAAGCGGGGGCGCAUCGGAAGAGUAGCCCACCCCUGGAACAAGCAGGCUUCGGCCCACCGCAGAGGGAAGCGGACAGUGAUACAGGAAGUACUUGAGCCCACCCUCCAUCUUUUAUCACUGGUUUCCCAUGUAAAUCGACACACCUUGAUCAACGCUCAUAGGUAUAGGAAGGACUUCGGAGUGCGACCAAACUCACAGACAAGUCGCUGGUUCUCUUUUGUUUCUGUCUGGUCUUAUUUCCAUACGUACCUGUGCCUUUUUCUAUACCAUUCUGUUGCUUGAAAUAUACACAUGCUGAGGGUAUGUUUUUUUUUUUUUAAAAGAAAGUGUCGGAAAAGGGGUUCAUUAGAUUGCGUCUCCUUCACCAUUUAAAUGUCUGUUGGUGUAGUUUGCAGAAUAAGAAAGGGGUCGAGAAGCAUUUUGAAGAGAUGCACUGAAAAAAAAACAUUUAGGGGAUAACCAAAACACCUCUUAAAAUAUACUGGUUGAAUUAUUAGGCAAAAUGACCCUGUGCCCCUUGUACAGACAGCAAUGACCCCUAUUUAUUACGUUUUAUUUAAUAUGUGCCCAAGUGCUUAUAUUAUAAUUAUGAUUUGCAUUACUCUUGUUGCCUAUAAAUGUGCUUUAAGGACAGCUGUGAUUGCUUUAAUUUUGGGGGGAAAGUGUUUACCCUUGAAUUUUAACUGAAACUAGCACUUAUUUUAGAGGGGAAGGCCCCAAGGGCCAUGAAUGGAAAUCCCCCCCCCCGAAAAAGGAUCUUUUAUGUGCCUCCUUUGCACACAACCCCCCUAAAGCACUUUUUAAAAGAAGGGACCCAUACAAAAAAAGCCCCCCUCCCCCAAAAAGCAUGUAAAGAAAAUUGAAAUAUAUUGAAUGUAAAAAGUUCUUCCAAGAACAGUGUCCAAUUCUAGGUCCCCCCCCCCCCACCGCGCGUUCUCCUUGCUUUAAAUUCCAGUGCAAACUGCUGCUUUAACAAACGCACAUAACCCCCCUAUGGGGGGUGCCUUUCGCCAAGCCCUGGAGAGCACAGGCUUGGCUGUAAAAACCGCCCUCUUGUUUCCUUGAAAAUUCGACCCUUUGAAAAUUCACUCUCCAGUUUGAGAAAUGGAAUCUCAGCCUUGCAAGCCAUUUUUUAAAAAAAUCCCCUGAUCGUCCAUGGAGGGAGCGACGUUGUCUCCCCACUCCUUGUGUUCCUUUGAGAAUUUUAACACACACACACACACACACACACACACACACACACACACACACACACACACACACACACACACACACACACACACACACACACACACACACACACCCCCGCGGUAUUUGUAUCGUAGGCCUUUGAGCGUUUCAAAUCACCAACUUGCCAGGGGUCAUGGUUACCCAAUCAGCUUGUUUUGGCAAGUACCACAAAGUAGAGGCCCUCAAAGAAUCCUGGGAGAUUUAAAAAAUGGAGAAUUUUUCUCUCUGUGUCCCCAACAGUGCAAUCCAAGACAACUGCUGCACUUUUAGAUACCUUAUUUACCUGACAGGAAGACUAGUGGUCUUACAUACAAGUUAGUUAUGUACAGCACUGUUUUUUUAAAAAGAAAUUGCUAACCUAACGGCUGAGUCUCAGUCAUCUAAAAUCAUAGCAUGUUGGGUCCCGUUGUGAUAACACUGUAGGAAAUAUUGCUCACGUGUCCCCAAACCUGAGCAUGAGCGUAGUGAGAGGGAUAUUCCUUUUUCUUCCCUCAGCUGUAUAGAAUAGGGUUUGGAGGGGGCAGGAGGGAAGUAUGCACCUCCUAUCCUCCAAGAGACUAUCAGAGGCCCCUUCUGCACAAGCAAAAUAAUGCGUUUUCAAACCACUUUCACAACUGUUUGCAAGUGGAUUUUGCUAUUCCGCACAGCUUCAAAGAGCACUGAAAGCAGUUUGAAAGUGCAUUAUUCUGCAUGUGCGGAAUGAGCCAGAGAUUUGAGCAGAUCCAUUUCUCCUUACUCUCAAUCCUCUUUAGCUGAAAUUCAAACUGCCUUCAACAUAUGCCUCCUGGAGUGUCAAAGAGCACGAUCAGUCCUCGUCCAACUCAUUUUUGUGGGGGUUUUCUUCCUUUUUUAAGUUUUCAAAGUUUUAUUUAUCAUGCCUGGAGAGUAUGUCUCCCACCCACCCCUUAUCUAAAAAUCCCUGCACUGCUUGUAAGACGCUUCACUUCACUGCUGAAUUCCAUCACAAAGUCUUCUGUUAGAGGAAGAGAAGGAGAAUGAUAUUGAAAAGGUGACUGCAGGUAACUCCCGCCACUCACCAAUACGAUGCCGCAUAUCGAGAAGUCAAGUUCGAGGCAUACAACUUCGUGCGGCUGAUUCAGUUUGAAUACAGCCGCUGAUAAAUAACCAUUUGCUCGGAGAAAGGAAUGUCCCGUUGCGUCUUUGGAGGGUCUUGCCCUACGUACGGAUUGCCCUACGUACGGAUUGCACGGAUUUUUCCAAUUCUCUCCACAAAAUCCGAUCCACCAAUAAUUAACCCAUAGAUUCGUCUUUCUUUCCGAGACGUUCCAAAUUAUACCACACACGCACUAUGAAAAAAGUGAAACGAAACAGUGAAUGAAUUAUUGCACAGGUGAACAGUAUAGAUUGGCGGGGGGUGGCGGGGAGGGGGGUGAAUUGGAUCAUUUCCAAUGUAUCAUUUCAUUUUUGUGUUUGAAUGUGAAAUUACAGACCAACAGGUUUUGUUUUGUUUUUGUUUUGUUUUUGUUAAGGUUGAGAUUGUGACGGUUACCAAACCGACUCUGGAAUUUCAGAAUUCAUUGGAAAAUGUCGUUUAUGGUCUAUACGUUUUUCUCCACUGUUUACAUCCAUUGUGAAGUCUCUUUCGUUGCAGAAUCCCAGAAUGAUCGUGGUAGCAAGUUCACACUGGAGCUUAGUACCUACCCCGCAGACCUUAUUGAAAGGCCCAGUGCGACCCACACUUCAACCGGUUCUGGGGAUGAGCAUUUAUUGCUGGAUGAAAGUCCAGCUCCAAUGAAGUUUAAGCCACCUUCUCAAUAGUCAUAAAGCCUCCAGAAAGUCAUCAACUUCAGUAAGAGAGAGAGAGAGAGAAAGCAUUAGAACAGAACUUCUGUAGGCAUUACUGGAAAGCAUCUUGUCUCUGUUAAGGAGCUGGCUGCCAUUUUGACUGGUUAAUUUCUGCUCUCCCCCCCACCCCCCCUUUCACUGCCUUGAUUUCCAUGCAGUUCUAUUUGUACUGAAGGGUUCUGGGUAUUGAAACUGCACGUGAGCCUCUAUGGCAGCACCUGCACAUUUAUUAUCCAUUCAUCUUAUAAGCGCAUCUGACGAUGUGUUUUGGGGGGCUAGAUCAAAUGGCACGGGACACUCCGUUUUUCAGUCUUUGAAUCUUUUUCUUUCGGUUCCAAUGGAGUCUGUUAAAAAUCCAGUGCACGUUUGGUUUUUUUGUUUUUCUUAAAUAACUAUCUGGGUCUGGUUACCUUUUUUGCUCUUGGUUAGGUUUCAGCAGAGGAGUGUUUUCUCCACUUGCCUACAUCCACAGGCAGCUAAGGAUUGCAUAGAGUGUCUUGUACAUAUUAUACUAUUCAAGAGCAUGUAUGUUUUGGAAGAAUCGCCAGGGCUGUGAACACUGGACUGUGCAAGCAGAGAAUGCGGCAGAGCAGCUUGUCCAUAGCUUUGGUAGACAAUAUUGUCUUCUUUCCCUGACUGUACAGGACACUCCCCCCCCCCUCCCAUUUUGGGAUCCAGUGCCUGUCUAGGGUCGUAAACAUUUGAAUCCAUGCAUCUGCAAACGAUAGGGUUUUGUGUAUUGUCGAAGGCUUUCACAGCCGGAAUCACUGGGGUCUUGUGGGGGUUUCUGGCUGUGUUCCAGUAGCAUUUUCUCCUGACGUUUCGCCUGCA